AGAUAGAUAUAGAUAGAUAGAGAGAGAGAGAGAGAGAGAGAGAGCGCACGCGUGUGUUCAGAGAAAGUGGCUAUCCCCUGUCUGUUUUUUGCGGGUGAUCUCAAUUGUGUGCUCUGCAGUCUGAAAAAAUGAAGAAGUUCAACAUCAGGAAGGUGCUGGACGGAUUGAAAGAGGCGUCCUCCUCCGCCCCGUCAGUCCAAGUGGGGCCACAGGAGAACCAUCUUAUCCAGGAGACCCUCCAGUCCGAGCAUUUCCAGCUCUGCAAGACUGUCCGUCAUGGCUUCCCGUACCAGCCGUCGUCUAUGGCGUUUGACCCCGUGCAGAAGAUCCUGGCCAUCGGUACUCAGAGUGGAGCUCUCAGAUUGUUCGGGCGCCCGGGUGUGGAGUGUUACUGUCAGCACGAGAGCGGAGCCGCCGUCAUCCAGCUACAGUUUCUCAUCAAUGAGGGGGCGCUGGUGAGUGCUCUGUCCGAUGACAGCGUCCACCUGUGGAACCUGAGGCAGAAGAGACCAGCCAUCCUCCACUCGCUCAAGUUCAACAGAGAGAGAAUAACUUUCUGCCACCUGCCCUUCCAGAGUAAAUGGUUGUACAUCGGCACAGAACGCGGGAACAUCCACAUCGUCAACGUGGAGUCCUUUAUGCUCUCAGGCUACGUCAUCAUGUGGAACAAAGCCAUUGAACUGUCCUCCAAGGCGCACCCAGGACCAGUUGUCCACAUAAGUGACAACCCAAUGGACGAGGGAAAGCUUAUAAUUGGAUUUGAGUCGGGGAUCGUGGUCCUGUGGGAUCUGAAAUCAAAGAAGGCUGACUAUCGCUACACUUACGAUGAGGCGAUCCACUCAGUUGCCUGGCAUCACGAGGGCAAGCAGUUCAUUUGCAGUCACUCAGAUGGAACUCUGACCAUAUGGAACAUCAGAGGCCAGGGCAAACCCAUACAGACAAUCACCCCACAUGGAAAACAGCCCAAGGAUGGGAAGAAGCCAGAGCCUUGUAAACCCAUUCUCAAAGUGGAGUAUAAAACCACUAGGAACGGGGAGCCCUUUAUAAUCCUGUCUGGAGGCCUGUCCUAUGACACGGUGGGCCGGCGGCCUUGUCUGACGGUAAUGCAUGGGAAGAGUACUGCUGUUCUGGAGAUGGACUAUCCUAUUGUAGACUUUCUCACCUUGUGUGAAACACCAUACCCCAACGAUUUUCAGGAACCUUACGCUGUAGUGGUCCUCCUAGAAAAGGAUUUAGUGGUAAUCGACCUUGCACAAAAUGGUUACCCCAUAUUUGAGAACCCCUAUCCUCUGACUAUCCACGAGUCUCCUGUGACCUGCUGCGAGUACUUUGCCGACUGCCCUGUGGACCUCAUACCUGCACUUUACUCUGCUGGCUCGCGGCAAAAACGACAGGGCUACAGCAAAAAGGAAUGGCCUAUUAGUGGUGGGAACUGGGGUCAAGGCACACAAAGCUACCCAGAGAUCAUCCUCACAGGGCAUGCUGAUGGUACUGUGAAGUUCUGGGACGCCUCUGCAAUAAUGCUCCAGGUGCUUUAUAAGCUUAAAACAGCCAAGGUGUUUGACAGAAACCGGUCCAAGGAGGACAAGGGCAGCACAGAGGUGUCAGACGAAGACCCCUUCGCCAUCCAGAUCAUGGCCUGGUGUCCCGAGAGCAGGAUGCUGUGUGUGGCCGGGGUGUCAGCCAAUGUUCUCAUCUACCGCUUCAGCAAACUGGAAGUAACUACUGAGGUGGUGCAGUUACUAGAAGUGCGAAUGCAGUACGAGCUGAACGACACAGAGUCUCCAGACGGCGGGGGUGGAGGGGGGGAACAAACGUCGGCGCACCCCACCCCCGGUGCCUCCCCCCAGACGAGCGGCCCACCUUCACACCCCUCCACCAGCAGCAACAACUCAGACGGAGGCAACAUUCCCUGCCUGAAAGUGCGCAGUACUCCUCUGAAGCAGUCUCCAGGUUACCAGGUAGAUCUGGUGGUCCAGUUAGUGUGGGUGAGUGGAGAGCCUCCUCAGCAGAUCACAAGUCUGGCUCUUAAUUCCUCCUACGGCCUAGUGGUUUUUGGCAACAGUAACGGUCUGGCGGUGGUGGACUACAUCCAGAAGACAGUAGUACUAAACCUGGGGACAGUUGAGCUGUACGGCUCCAAUGACCCCUACCAGAGACAGCCCCGCUCGCCCAGAAAGACACGGCAGCCCUCUGGAGGUCUGUGCGAUAUCAACGAGGGCUCAGCCACAUCAGAGGACCGCUGCAAAUCCCCCACUUCAGUGUUGACGUCAAACAGCAAUCUACAGCAGUUCUACAAUGGAGGUGGUAGAGGAGCAAAGAUGUCACGGAAAUUAAGCUUGCCUACUGAGCUAAAGCCAGACUUGGUCCUCCUGUCUGUAUGCCCGCCGCGGGGUGCCAACCCUCUAGACCACCGGGACAACUCCUUCAGCCGCUCACGCUCCUCUAGCGUCACCAGCAUCGAUAAGGAAGCCCGGGAGGCCAUCUCCUCCUUCCACUUCUGUGAGACUUUUGCCCGGAAGGGGGACAGCACACUGACGCCCUGCCUGUAUGUGGGCACGUCCCUGGGCACCGUGCUCGCCUUAGCGCUCACGAUGCCACCUGCUGGAGAGCAACGGCAACUGCAGCCGGUUAUAAUUUCACCUACAGGCAUGUUGGUACGAGUGAAAGGCAGCAUUUUGCGGAUGGCGUUUUUGGACUCCACAGGUUCCCAGUUGCCCCCUGCGUUCGAACCUUGGUACGAACCCAACGUUACGGCAGACGGCGAAGAAAGAGAGAAGGUCCGUAAGCGCCGCCCGGUCUCGGUGUCCCCCUCCACCUCCCAGGACCUCAGCGAGAGCCAGUACGCCGUGGUGUGUUCGGAAAAGCAGGCCAAAGUCAUGUCCUUACCCUCCCAGACCUGCAUCUACAAACACAGUAUCACCGAGACCUCCUUCAUCCUCCGAGCAGACGUGGUGCAGAUGAGCCAAGGCGUGUGCGUGGCGUGUUUCUGCGCCAACGGCCACAUCAUGACCCUCAGUGUGCCGGGCCUGAGACCGCUCAUGGAUGUAAACUACCUGCCUUUGACAGACAUGCGGAUAGCCAGGACAUUCUGCUUCACUAACCUGGGUCAGGCCAUGUACCUGUGCUCCCCCACGGAGAUCCAGAGGAUUACCUAUAGCCAAGACACCUGUGAAAACCUCCAGGAGAUGCUCGGUGAACUAUUUACACCAGUGGAGACCCCAGAGGCGCCCAACAGAGGGUUCUUCAAAGGCCUUUUUGGUGGAGGAGCACAGUCACUGGACAGGGAGGAGCUAUUUGGUGAGUUAGCAGCUGGAAAGGCUUCCCGAAGUCUGGCGCAGCACAUCCCAGGCCCGGGCGGCAUCGAGGGCAUGAAGGGCGCGGCCUCCGGUAUAGUCGGAGAUCUGGCGCGUGCACGGAUAGCGCUGGACGAACGAGGGCAGAAACUGGGAGAGCUGGAGGAGAGGACGGCGGCCAUGAUGGCCAGCGCAGACUCCUUUUCCAAACACGCCCAUGAGAUGAUGCUGAAGUGCAAAGACAAAAAGUGGUACCAGUUCUGAUCUGGGACGGGGAGGAGCAGAGCUCAGUGGACAUGACCGUCCCCUUCCAUCGGCUCAUUUGGACCCACCGUGACCCCCCCCACCUGCCCACUCGCCCCACUCACGUCCGUCCAUCUGUCCGUCCAUCCAUCCCUCCAGGCCUUCUUCACUGGAACACUUGGGAUUUUCUUCCCUAGCACAAUGAUGAAUACUGUUCUUACCUCAGUCUUAAGGUGGAACUGAGGGGUAUCAAAGGGAGAAGGACCCCCUCAGAGGGAGCAGAUAAGUGGCGUCUUUUUUUUUUUUUUGUAUUGUUCGCUCCUCGUUUAAUCUCUUUUUGCAGCCUCUCCUCCGAGGUAGCCGACCUGGAGAUUCUUCAUUCUCAUUUGCCAAAAAAAAAAAAAAACCCGUCCUUUACUGUUGUCUCCACUCCGAGCCCGUAGGGGGCAGUAUUCAACGAACACGACUGAAAAAAAAAAAAAAAA